AUGUUUCGCUUUAGUCUUGCGGGUUUAUUCGUUUUUAUUCUCGCAUUAACAACAUUCAGCUUUGUUUCUGCUGAAGAACCUGUUAUUACUGAUAAAGUCUAUUUUGACAUCAAGCAAGGUGACAAAAAGCUUGGUCGCAUUGUCUUUGGUCUCUUUGGAGAAGUUGUUCCCGACACAGCCAGAAACUUUAAGGAAUUAACUACUGGUCAACAUGGCUUCGGUUAUAAGGGCUCUACUUUCCAUCGUGUUAUCGAUCAAUUCAUGAUUCAAGGUGGUGACUUUACUAACCACGAUGGUACAGGUGGAAAGUCUAUUUACGGUAGCCGCUUCCCUGACGAAAACUUCAAGAUUAAGCACACUGGACCUGGUCUUCUUUCUAUGGCAAAUGCUGGUCGUGACACCAAUGGUUCUCAAUUCUUCAUUACCACUGUCCCUACUCCUUGGUUAGAUGGUAGACAUGUUGUGUUUGGUAAGGUUAUCGAAGGUAUGGAUAUUGUUACUACAAUCGAAAAGACUCCUACAAACUACCGUAACAAGCCCAACGUUGACGUCGUCAUUGAGGACUGUGGCCUUGUGGAAGAGAAGACUGCUGAAAAGAAGACAGAUAAUGAAGAAAAUGUAAAGCACGCUGAAUUGUGA